UUCAUGCUAGAGGAGUGUGGUGCAAGGAUUUUUAAUUAAUGAAGAGUUUCGUGUAAUUAAAUCAACAUUAUUAUAUUUUUAUAACAAAAGUUACGUUUAUAUUAAAAUCAGGAUCGGUUGAUACGAUGUCUGAAAGUACUAGCCCUAGUGUGUUAAGUUAUCUAAGACAGUACAGGUUUCAGAGGAAACCUACUCCUGGUUCCAGUGGCUCCUUGACAGUAACAUCAUCACCAUCUGGUUCACAGCACAUCAUUAGGAUGCCAGCCCCAAACUUACCAAAUAACAAAAAUGCACCGAUAGUAUACAAGCGCAUCAGAAUUCAAGACUCUGACUCAGAUGACUCGUCCCCUGCUAAGAAACCAGCUCCAGUUUUGGAACUGACUACUGCAGUCAAGGAGAGAAGAUUUAGGAACAUGAUGGAAAUGUUCCCAGAUAUAUCCCCAUUAUUUGUGAAAGGCACUCUCGUGAAGCACGGGUGGAAUGAAGAGAGAUCGAGGGAUGAACUUCUUAAACAUGAUCCAGAAAGCGAAAUAAGCAGUGCUGUUGUUGUAUCACGGCCUGGCUUCUCAGGUCAACUGGCUCGGACUAAUGGCAUGAGCGUGGUAAGAGUGACCAGUGGGCCGAGAGGGCCAAGUACGGUGGUGAGAAGGACACUCUCUGGCAAGGGUGGUAGAGCAAGACGAGGCAGCAGUGGCAGCGAGGACGACGACUAUGGAGUGCGGAAAGGAAAAGAUGAUCGAGUUUACGAUAGUGAUGAUUCAGAUAAUGAAGUGACAGAUGAUUUGGUCGGAGAUAAAAAGAAGGUGUUUGAGUUUCUUAACACGAGCACUGUGAAUGAGCUAACACAGCUUAGUGGGUGCUCUCAGAAGAAAGCGGAUGCGAUCAUGGCACUGAGACCUUUCAAUGGCUGGUUAGAUAUGGUAGAGAAAUUCAACUCCAACAAAUUAAGCACGGAACUCCUUAAUUCGACUCAAGAACUACUCUGCACAAGAAAUAACAUACAGCGACUAAUGAAGAAAUGUAUAGGGCUGGCCCAGCAGCUAGAAGCGGCAGUCGCUGCGGGUGCGGGGAGGUUGCAACAGCCAACUUCCCUGGAUUCUAGCUUAAAACUUGCCCCAUAUCAGCUGAUCGGUCUCAACUGGCUGGCUGUACUCCAUAAACAAGGUGUAUCAGGGAUCUUGGCUGAUGAAAUGGGGCUCGGGAAGACAGUUCAAGUGAUAGCAUUCCUGGCACAUUUGAAAGAGACUGGGCAAGCGAGAGGAACGCAUUUGAUUGUUGUGCCCGCUUCUACAUUAGAUAAUUGGAGCAGUGAACUCACCCGUUGGUGUCCAGCUUUACGUGUGAGCAAGUAUUACGGACCCCCCGAGGAGCGGCGACAACUACGUAUAGAAUAUUCUAGAGGCCUGGACAAAAUUGAUAUUCUGCUUACCACAUACACAAUGGUGAGCAGUUGUCCUGAGGAGCGCAAAAUGUUCCGAAUAACGCCCUUACACUACGUCGUGUACGACGAGGCGCAUAUGCUUAAGAACAUGUCGACGCAGAGAUACGAUAACCUACUCAAAAUUAAGUCAAAACACAGGCUUCUUCUAACGGGCACACCGCUACAAAACAAUCUAAUAGAACUGAUGUCGCUUCUCUGCUUUGUGAUGCCGCAUAUGUUCUCUGGGAAGACUGAUGAUCUCAAAAACUUAUUCCAGAAGAAUGCUAAAGCGAAAACAACGAAAAAAGUAGAGCCAAAUUCCGAAGAUGACGUGCCAGCGUUUGAACAAAGCCAAAUUACACAAGCCAAGAGGAUAAUGAAACCAUUUGUGCUACGUCGGUUAAAGAGUGAAGUGUUACAAGACUUGCCCAAGAAGACAAACCAUACUGUGCCGUGUCCAAUGUCAGAGAAGCAGGAGAGGCAGUACAAAGAUCUCAUCGCUGGCUUCUCAGCUAAGGAUGGAACUAUACACGCAACUGUUGAACAAAACGGCAUGUCGAUGAUGAUGGACAUGCGGAAACUAGCCAAUCACCCACUCCUAUUGCGAUACUUCUACGAUCAGAAUACAACGAGGAAAAUUGCAAGCAGACUCGCCAAAGACCCGAACUAUAAGGAGAAAAACGAAAAUUACUUGUUCGACGAUCUCAUGUGCCUAUCUGACUUUCAGAUGCAUCAGCUCACACAGCAAUACCCUUGUAUCAGUGGAUAUGCAGUGCCGGACCCACUAAUAGAGGAUUCUGGGAAGUUCGAAAAGCUGGAUGAACUAUUACCAAAACUUAAGGACGAGGGUCACCGAGUGCUAGUGUUCAGUCAGUUCACAAUGAUGCUGGACAUCUUGGAGCCUUACAUGCGGUUGCGCAACUAUCGUUACCUGAGGCUGGACGGCAGCACUGCAGUGAAUGACAGACAAGAAUUAAUAGAUAGAUAUAACCAAGAAGACGUGUUCGUGUUCCUUCUGUCGACCAAGGCGGGUGGUCUGGGCAUCAACUUAACAGCUGCGGACACUGUUAUCAUACACGACAUCGACUUUAACCCUUACAACGAUAAACAGGCUGAAGACAGAUGUCACAGAAUGGGGCAGGUUAGACCAGUGACAAUCUACAGGCUGCUUAGUGCGGGUACAAUAGAAGAAGGUAUAUACCAAGUGGCACAAGAAAAGCUCAACCUGGAGAAACAUGUUACUGGCAUUGACGAAAACGAACCAACGGAACAAAAGAACGUUGUGCGUCUACUCUCGUCCGCACUUGGUCUGAGUACAACAAACAAAUGACAGGGGGCCAUGGAGGGCGUGAUCGUCAUCGAAUAGCGACAAGUAACACGCUCGUCAGCUCGUCAUGACACAGUAAUGAACACUCGCCGUGACCACACUCGUCAUGACUAAAGACAAAAUAGUGACUGAAGCAAUGCAUGUAAAUUGUUAACUAAAAAAAGUAGCGCGCCUCUUCUACACAUGACUGCAUUUGUCAUGACAAAUAAUAGUAAUUGAAACAGUGCAUGCAAACUGAAAAUACCGUAACAACAGUGCUAAGUUGAAACAACAAGUGAUAUUAAUAAAAGUGUGUGUAAUUUUUUUGAUUUCUGCAAAUAACUAUAGUGCGACCAAGAUGUUUAUCUGAAACUUUUUUCUGUGAAGUUAUUUGUGUGUUUGGAUCAUUUACUGUGCCGAACUUCUUGUAAUAUGUAUCUUCCACUUUAUGUUUAAACCACAUUUAAAAUAUGUUCCACUUAAAUUAUUGCAUCUCCAAUUGUAUAACAUUGUCAGUAUUGCAGAAUUUUGAGUAUAGUAAUGAAUUUAAGUGAACAGAUAACAUUUCUUUAAAUGUGCACUGCCUAUUUAUACACAAUACAUUGAGACUGGUAUACAUUAUAUAUUAAGCUAGAUGCAUACUUUUGACACUGUUCCUGUGCAACCUGUUAUGCUGUUACACUUGUGUGUGUGUGUGCUGUGUAAAGUAUGUUUCUGUCCUAAUCAUUAUUUUUAAUACAAAAUAUUUAAAAGUUUUCUAUUUUGCUGUAUAUGGCUAGUUGAUUUGGCCUACUCCCUAUGUGUGUGCAAGUCUUAUCUUUUUGAGACACAAUUUGAACUAAGAAUUCAAUUCGCCUUUUUAACAUUGAAUUUGAUUCUUUUGCAAUAAAUGAAUGAAUAUACUUUUAUUUUACACCAAAAAAAGUAGUUACAGAGAUAUAAAUAUAGAGCUAGAGAGUAUAAUUUGGUACAAUAAAGAUAAAAAAGCUUUAGUAAAUUUAUACCAACCUUAUUUUGUAUUAAAAAUGAUGAGAUUAUCCAUUACAUUAGUACCUUUAAUACAUAAAAUAGAUAGUUUUGUACAGAAUCUAAGAAUACAUUGAAAUAGUAAUUUAUUGCUGAAAGGGAAAAAAAUAUUAAUUCUGCGUUGAAAUUGUUUUUGGAAUAAGCUAUGCUGUCAUGAAUUAAUUAUAAUUAUUAUGUAUUUGCUAAACUAACUAAAAGUUAAGAAGUGAUGGAUUAAUUCUUAGCAUGCAAAAUCUCAUUUAGCACUUUACGAAUUAAAUGUAGUAAUUAAAAGUUACCGCGUUCAGAAAGUAAAACUAAAUUACUUCAUGUAAGCAGGGUAUAGAUAGCAUUGACCAUAGCAACAAUAUAAAUGCUAAAAAUGUUUUAUUUUGUUCAGCAAAUAAUGUUCACACAAGAAUUCGCAGGCUAAUGAAAUUAAUGAAAAAAAAGCAUUACCAUUGGUAAUUAACACCUGUUAAGAUUGACGUGUCUGCCACAACCGAAGCAAAGGGAGUUACAUAAUCACAAAAUUUGGAAUACUAGAAACUAAAAUGAACUAAAUUUAAUAUUAUUAAAAAAAGUCUGUGUCAGGCAUAUAAUCAAAUAAAUUAACAAAAAAGCGUUUUGGAAUUAAAAUAUAUCUGCUUAAUGAUUUGGUUGUAAACAAAUCCUUAACUAAUUAAAACUAACAGGUUUUGCCAUUGUUUUGCAACUGAUGCCUAUUUAAAAAGAUGGCAUAGCAUGCCACUUCUAAGACCUGUCAAUUUAGUUAAAAAUUUAUUGGUUUCCUGAAUUAAAAAUUAAAAAUAUCAUUAUCACUACAGUAUUACAACCCUGGGUGGUCAAGCAAAUUUCUCUAUUUGAGGCGGUCAAAUAGACUCAACUCCCAAAACCCUCAUAUCCCUCUCAACUCCCAUCACUCCACAAACCCCUACGUCAUCCUCGGCCUCUACGCCCCUCCCAUUUUCCCUCCAUCAACCUCUUUGGGGCUCUUGUGCUUUCCAUGCGUUGCACAUGUCCCGCCCAUUGCAUUCUUAACAGUUUAAAAGUUUCGACGACAAAGGUUUCUUUAAAAAGUUCUUAGUUUGUGAUUGUACCAAAUGCGCCAAAAACCAUUAUUCUAUAUAGCACCAAACACUGGUCUCUACACCUUCUUCAUCAUCUUUCUUGCUUAAGACCCAACACUCAGCGUCGUAUAUAAGUAUUCGUCGGAGCAGUCUAACAGAAGAGUAUUUUCAGACUCUUCUGAAUCUAAAAAUUAAACUGAACUGAUAAUUAGACUAUAGGUAAACUUUUCUUUUCUCAAGCAUGGCACUAAUUGGAGGACUGUCAAAAUGGUGUAGUUACAGUCACAUCUUUAAGUAAAUUGACAGGUCAAAAAGUAGUGCCAUCUUUUUGGAAAAUGGAAGAAAGAACUGAUCCUUUUAGAAAAGACUUUUUUAUGUUAGGGAUUUCAUUUAAUUCUGGAUUUGUAUAUAACUGAAUUGCACUGUUUGCUAAAAAAAAACAAAUUAUUACUUAAAAGGGUAAAAAGUAUAUAUAGAUGUUAAGAUAGAGAAGUAACUAAACCUAUGAAAUUGCUUGCAUAAUGUAUCUUACAGUGAUAUUACGAAGUAUUCGAUUAUUCAAUAAAAAUCAUUAAACUUGCAAAGUAUCAUGGUGUUAAUAAGAUAACAAAAUUAAAUUGACAGGGGAAUUUUUGGGUAGUUUAAUUAACAUCGUUAUGCUUGAGUUAAUAAUUUAUUUUAGUCAAUAUAGCCAAUAUUUGGAAUCGAACCAACCAGAAAGCAUCGUCGCUAUAAUUCUACGACAGUACAAUCUCACAACAAUACUAUUAACUUAAUGCAUUUUAGUGAUUGACUUUACAAUCUUUUCUAGAAUUUUAAUCCAGUAUAUUUUUAUUAUUGAAUUUAUUAUAAUUUCUAUAGUUUAGAAUUGAUUCUCUAUUGCAUUAUAAUCUUGACACAUUCAUAAUUUGCAGCUUUUUUAUUUGACUACAAACAAUUCCAUGCCAUAUGGCUGUAUGUAACUUACAGACUAUGGUUGGCAUAGAAAUAGUAAAAAAUAAUUUGUUGCAGCAUGCAAAUAAAAAAAAGUGAGAUCACUUAAUAAAAAAGUAAAUAUAGAAAGUUUAAUAUUAAACUGAAUAAAAGAAUAGAAGUAUUAAAAAUUUUAAUAGAAUACUAAGAAAACUGUUAUGUAACAAAACAAUUCUUUCCAAAACAGAGUUAACCCCUAGUACAUGUUUGUACAUGGUUUUCGGGUAUCAAAAUAAUAUUUGUCAGAAUAUCCAAAUUACAAAGAGGUUCCACGAUUGAAUUCUCUAUCUGUUUACAUUGAACGUUAAAUAAGCGAAACUGCAUUUAAAUUGGUUCAUCCGUUCGACCAUAACAUCGCUUUUGCGAUUGCCAACCUUAUUGCUAUUGUAACAAGUUCUAUAUUUGUUUAUUCGUUUGUUAUCUAAUACCAGCUCUAGCGUCGUAAUGAAAUAAUACAAAAUGUGUAAAAUAAAAAAUAUGACUUAUGCAAUCAGACCCAACACUCAUAAGAGAGCUAGAACCCAGAGUUUUAAUGUCAUUAAAAAAAACCUCUAGUAGUAUGUAUUUUAUCCAGUGUUUCUAUACUCGAAAACGAGAUCUGUUUAGGGGUACAGCAAUAAAAAUACUUAAAAUUGUAACGAAAUUAUAAUAUUAUUUAGUAAUUACGUAUUCCUACCAUAACCGAAUAAAAUAAAAUCAAUUUGUGAAUGAAUGAAAAAAUAUAUAAUUUUAGGAAAUUUUAUGUAUUUCCAACAUGUCGGAAUAUGAAUCAAUAGGCUUGAGAGUGCCUUUGGGCCUGAAUGGGUUGCGCGCCGCUGUGAAUAAUUUUGUAUUUUAGUUUUAACACUGAAUUAGCUUAUUUAUUUAUCUUUAGUUUAAUAUUAAGUAGUAUAAUUUAAUUUUCAUCGAUAAUUGCAUUCCUAUAAUAAGUAUGUUUUUGUUGCCUUAAUUCAAGUAUGUGUGUGUUUUUCACUGAAACGAGGAUAAGUCCCAAGUCCCAUUACUUGAAAAUUUUAAUAAUACUGUAUACUAUAAUAGCAUUGUAUAUAUAUUGUAUGUAAAUAGCAGAAACAAUAUUUUUUCAUAUGAAAAGUACAGCGCUAUAUUAGUCUCUAGAAUAAAUAUGUAAAUUAAUAAUUUUUUGUUUUUGUAAAAUUAACAAAUUAUUGAUUACAAUUCUCUUUUUGUCAUAAAAUGAAAACAAAGGUGUGUAAAACUUCAUAAGUGAAAAUAAUGACUGGAAUAUUUCGCAUGUCAGUCUACUGUCGUAAAAAUUCCAAAGUCGUUAAAAAUACUAGGACAUCGGUAGAAUAUAUGAAUAUGCUUCAAAUUUCGAAAACUGGAACUCUGAUUUAUAAUUUUUUUUAAAACUAGUACUUAAAUAAAACAAUUUCGGAGAAAAUUCUCUAUGGAUAUCGAAUACAAACGCUCUAACGUACUGUUUCCCAAAACAAUCAUCGCCAAAUAAAUUAGCUACGGAUUUAUUCGUUAAAAAUUGUUUGCACUUUAUUGUCAUGAUUUUUUUUAGGAUUUUCAGUAUCAAUGUCUUGAGCCGGGUCAAUUGCAUCAUUUCCCCAAUCCGAUCACUGCUGUAUCACUAAUUUUAAAGUAUCAAACGACAUAUAUCAUUGUGAACGGCUCCUUUGAUAUCGUGUGAUUGUUUGCGCAUCAAUUUGUCCAGUAACAGUUAGGGCUUGUUUAACCACCUUCUGACAAGUGUCGCAUACCUUUAACGUAAGUUUUGCCAUUUUCUUACUAUAUGUCAAGAGCCAAAGACAAAAUAUGCUGAAUAAGCUAUCCGACGCUUGUCUUAGAUAGUGAAACAACCCCUUAUUUUAAAGUUUUAUGGUAAAGUGUAUUUUUUUUAAUUUUUUUAAAUUCUGUUUUAUUGUUACGUUAUUGCUUAGUCGCAAGGAUUAGGCGAAGAUAAGGCAAAGGUAAGGUAAGGCUUAAAAACAGUGCUGCGACUUUUAGUGUGCAGCUUUUCUGAGGAAGCUUCCUUAUAACACAUUUUUAUAUUAUUUAGAACUGAUACAAAUGUUAGAAUUUUACACAAAUGUGUGACAUAAAUGAGGAUUUUUAGGCUUUUUUAUUCCUUUCGGAUACAGUGAUGGGCUCGCAAAUAUACGGUAUCUACCCAGCUCUGAGCGCAAUAUGAACGUUGCUUAGCUAACGGUCUUUAAAAGAAAAAUCUACUUGUCUAUCUUUUUAUCCGGUAAAAUAUACACUUUUUUACUAUAACAACUAAAUAAUUAAUCUAUAUAACAGAUAGAGGAAGUUUAGAAAAUUGACACAAAUAACGACCGUACUUUUGAAAGGCGCGCUUUAAUUACUUUACUUAAUUGAUGUGCGUUUAUUCUACACUUGAUUUUUAAUGAAUAAUUUAGAAAUGUAAUAAUUCUGAUGAUCAUUAAAAUGUAUUAAGUUAAUAGAUAAUUUAUGGAAACGUG